AUGCCUCCAAAAGUUCAACAAUCCAAGGCAGCAAAGGCCGCUGCCGCCCUUGCUGGUGGUAAGAAGUCCAAGAAGAAGUGGUCCAAGGGAAAGGUUAAGGACAAGGCCCAGCACGUUGUUGUGCUGGACCAGGAGAAGUACGACAGAAUUAUGAAGGAGGUGCCAACCUACAGAUUUGUGUCUGUUUCCAUCUUGGUCGACAGAUUGAAGAUCGGUGGAUCCGUCGCCAGAGUUGCUCUCAAGCAGCUGGAGGAGGACGGUGUGAUCAAGCCAGUGCUCAAGCACUCCAAGCAGUACAUCUACACUCGUGCUACGGCUGAGUAG